AUGGCGCCGACAGAAUCGACCAUCUUGAGCAACUUCUUGCUAGUCCCAGCAAAGCUCCCCACAAUCAUAUCACUGGACGAAUUCAAAGCCUUGUUUCCGCCACAGCACCGAUCAUCGUCGCAAGUACGAUCCCUGUAUAGGGAUCUACAGCGCCAAAGGAGUAAUGUUGUAGAAGAAGUCUCUGAAAACAUCACGGAGGAGACAUCCCGCCACGCAAAGGUUAUUCGAAGGCAGAUCACUAGGGCGGACAGGAUAGGGGCUUUGGCGGACGAGUACGACGCAGAGGACGAGGUCGAAAAAGCAUUGCUCACCUCGGGCUCUGCUCCAACUGACGAUGAUCCUCUUGCAAACCUGAGUAUGGUCAUACAAAGCAUGGAGACCUCCUUGUCUGCAGUCGAAAGCCAGAUUAAGGAUCUGCGGGCUGAAGAGACCAGACUUCUCGAAUUGGUGAAGAAAACUGUCGGAGACUUGAGCGACCUGCGUUACGGCCGGUUAUCCAAUGCAAACUUGCCGGAGCAGGUCUUGGAUGGUUUGAAAAACCUACAGGAUAUUUGCGAAAACAAAAAUCCCUGA